AUGGCUCAACAAUACCGUACAUCGCAGCAACAGCAGGGGCGCGUCAAGAAGAAGGAAGAAGACCCUGCUGAUUUCAUGCGACUGUCCGAAAGAGAAAUUGCAUCAUGCAUCAGCGAAAUGGGAAUACCGUUCCAGCCCUCCGACCUCAUGAAACCCAACCCGCAGGUCAUCCAGAUGGUUUUCGAACAUCUCGGCGAACUUGUCAUGAACGCGACCAGACAAUCCCUUGACCCUGCCAUGCGCGCAGCGGCGGAAGACGUGUGCGCCGAGUUUCCUGAGCUGGUGCCAGUUGAAACAAGGCUCUUGAUGGGAUUCUUCGUCCAAUUGCGCACAAUGUUAGAACAGUGCGGCAUCAAUGAUUUCUCGUUCAACGACUUGGUACGACCGACCCACGACCGCCUAGUCAAGAUCUUCUCAUAUACGAUCAACUUUGUCCGAUUUCGAGAGACGCAUACGAGCGUGAUAGACGAGAACUUUAACAAGGCAGAAAGCACCAAGGUCAGGAUCGAGACGCUCUACACCGAAAAUAAAGAUAUGGAGCAAAGACUAGAGGAGAUGAAGCACAACAGAAAAGCAGUGGAGGCAGCUGUCAAGGAAAAGAUGCGUCGAAACGAUGAAUUAAAGGCCCGUUUGCUCGAACUGCGUAAGGGGCAGGAAAGAGUGGCAGAGCAACUUGAACGAGCAAAGGCCGAGAAAACGCGGGCGCAGGCCACUUUGGAAGAGAAGACCGAACGACUUGUGAAAACGAGACAGGAGAGUGAGAAACUCAGGCCGUACGUGCUACAGAGUGCGGCCGCCUUACAGAAUGCCCUGACAGAAUUGUCGGACAACUUGUUGCGUGAAAAGAGCCAGAUUGAUCUUCUGGAGCGACGAGGUCGGGCGCUGCAGACCUCUGGAGACAGUUUCAAUGUGGUGCAAAACGACAUCCAAGCGUGUGUGAAAAUUCUAGAGGAGAUUGCGGUCGAACUGCAAAAGGAGGAAGAGGAAGAUGCGAGAGCUGCUAAGAACAGGGACGCACUGGCCGAGCGGGGCAACAAUGUCCGGGAGGUUGAGCAGAACGAGAAGCUUCUGCAGAGGCAGCUUAAGAAAUGGGAAGAACGGACCGAAGAGCUGCGACGAAAGCACAGAGAACGAGACGAAGCCAACAAGGCCAAGAUGGACGAGCUGCGAGACAUUCAGAAACAGCUUCGGGACGAGAGAGCCGACAAGGGGCGAGAGAUGGAGCGACGGAGGGUGCGCAUCGAGCAGACUGAGAAGAAGAUGGCGGAUCUCAAGGACAACAUUGAAAACGAAGUCCAUUCUGCCCACGAGGAGUACCUGAAACUCGAAUCGCACAUCAAACUGUACAUUACGGAAAUGGAGCAGAGCAUAUGA